GGAAGCUCACUCACUCGCUCCAUCUUCAUCUGUUGUUCUUCUGCCCGUCUAUCCAAGUCGCAAUCAGUAGCCUCUGUUCGACUGUUCCCGUGCCGCCAUGUACUCGAUUGAGCUGAGCUGAACUGAACUGACGCGCAUGACCUAGCCAGUCAGUCACCAAGCAAUUCGAUCUCCGUCUACAGUUUUAGAAUUACAGUCAUAGUGGUUUCUGCUGAUGAGGCAGAAACUGGUGGGACUGCUUUCAGUUCUAUCCGCCGUUUUCAUCGCCGCCGCCGCAUCAUCUCAGUCGUCGGCCUUCGACCGCGAUCAGGACCGCCUUGAGAGAUGGCAUGUUCUCGACAGGCACAAUUACUCUUCUCAGAUCAGAAUCCAUCCCAAAAUCCUCCUGCUCGUCUCCGUUCCAUGGUCCGGCGAAUCGAGGUCCUUGAUGCGGGAAAUAGCCGAUUUAGUCGCCGGAAAGCCGGACGAAUUCGGCAGCCUCGAGUUGAUGUAUCUGCAGAGGAACAAGGAGAAGAUGCUCGCCGAUGCGAUUGGUGCCGUGGAGGGAAGAGUGACGGUCUUCUAUCUCCAUCACUCCGUGCCUUACAAGUAUCAAGGCAGGCUUCGAGCAGGGAAUGUUCUGCGCUCGAUUCGUCCCUAUUUGUUGCCUGAUCCUGAAGAAAUUCCUAUCACGGAGCUGAAGACGGAGGAUGAGCUGCGGACGUUCGCUGGAUCAACAGAUAAGGCAGUGCUUCUCAUGGAGUUCUGUGGAUGGACGCGUAAGUUGCUGGCCGGCGGUAAUAAGAACGAGACUACUCGUAGUGGUUUGCGAUUGCAAGGGGAUUUUGCUGGCGCAAAUGGAGAAAGUGAGAAACUACCUAUCUCCCUAGGAAAGGAAAACCAGAAGGUGGCUGGUGAAGAGAAGGCAGCGUUGACAUGUGGUAGCGAAAGUGCAUUCACCGGAAUUCCUUCAAUUGGAGAAUUCAGCUCUGGAAAUGACAGCCUUACUCACCAGGAGGAUGAGUACUGGGAUGCUGAGAAUGCGAGAUCAGGAACUGGAUUGACUUGUACCUAUGAGCAGUUUCAAAAGUUCGAUGCAUUCUUCUCAAAGUUCAUGGCUGUGGCAAGAGAGUACUUUCUGCCUCUCGAAAAGCAUAGAUUCGGUCUUGUUUCAGAACGAUCGUUGCUUUCCUCUCUUGGUAUUGGAGACUCGGGUUCCUGGGUUGUGAUGCUUUCUUACAAUGGAUGCCAAAGUUGUUCAAGGAUCCUGAGGGACAAUGAUGACCUUGCGAGUAUCCUGCAGUCAGAAAAGUGUAUUGUUACUGAGGUAACUCCACAUUGUUUCCCCUUUUGGCCAUUUCAGUAUGAUGUUUUUCUGUUUAGACUGGAAGGCAAUGGGGAGGAUGUUGAUCCUGCAUUACCAACAAAUAAGCCAUCAGUGCUCCUCUUUGUGGAUAGGUUAUCUGAUUCAUCAGAAAUCAGAAGAAAGAGUCGGGAAGCUCUUCAACAGUUCAGAGACCUAUCAUUUCAUAUUAAAGUUUCAGAUAACAUGAGCUAUCAAACGAAUGAGAGGUCCGAAAGAUUGUCCAACCGAGGACUUCAAAAACUGCACGUUCCAUCAUCAGGCCAUCCUGCAUUGAAGCUGUCUCCAACAGUGCAGAAAAUGAAACGAAGAGAGAAGAUGUCAAUCAUGGUCUUAAAUGAUGCUAACCAUGGUAGUUUGGAAAACUUGCAGGUAGAUUUGCAAGGCAAAUCGUUGCAAGAGAUAAUAAAGUAUGUCCUUCAGCAGAAGAAGGAGGCAACACUGAGCUCAGUUGCAAAAGAGGCUGGUUUCCAACUGCUGUCUCAGGAUCUCAGCAUUAAGACAGCUGACUCAUUGCCUUCAGAGGGUCAGGCAGACGCAAACCAAGAUUCAUCAAAAUCUUCUCAGGACAGUCCCAUCAGAACAUUAAUCAAUCUGAAUGAGGUUUCAGUUUUAAGUAAUGAGGAACCAUCGAGUGACGCCGAACAUUCUCAUUUUGAGGAGAACCCAGCCUAUCUGUUCACAUCUGACAAGCCUAUAAGACUUGAUCGACUUGUAUCAGAUGUUGGAAUGUCAGCACAAGAAGGCAUAAAACUAGAAGGGGAUGAGGUUUCAGCUUUCAGUAUUGAGGAAACAUCAAGUGAUGUGGAAUCUUCUCAUGGCGAGGAGAGGCCAACUUAUCUUCUCACAUCCGAACAGCCUACAAAACUUGAUCAACUUGUCUCAGAUGUUGGAAUAUCAGAAUUGAAAGGCAUAAAAUUAGAGGAGGAACAGUCUCUCAAUUUGGACUCGUUGGCGGAAGAACAGCAAGAAGUUGAGAAUUUCCCUGGUUCUUUUUCAUUUUCUGAUGGGAACUACAGGUUGCUAGAGGCCUUGACUGGGGAGACUAGAAUUCCUUCCUUAGUAAUUAUUGAUCCUGUUUCACACCAACACUAUGUGCUUCCUGGAAAUAUAGAUUUCAGCUAUGCCUCGGCAGAAAGUUUUGUUAACAGGUUCCUGAAUGGGAGUCUUUUCCCCUUCCAACUGUCUGAGUCUGAACCUGCAAGCCCUAGGGAAGGUUCCCACCCGCCUUUUGUUAAUCAAAAUUUCCAUGAGGUAGACUCUAUCCCUCGGGUUACAGUUCACAGGUUCCAUGAAAUGGUCAUUGGUUUCAAUCAAUCUGACGGUGAGAAUGCGGUUGGUGCCUCCUGGAAUGAAGAUGUGUUGGUCCUUUUUAGCAACAACUGGUGUGGAUUCUGCCAGAGAAUGAAUUUGGUUGUUCGUGAAGUUUUUCGGGGCAUAAAAGGAUGUAUGAAUGUGUUGAAGAUGGGAUCUACGGCCAAAGACACAAUUCUCAGUGACACAUCUGAGACGAAGUUUCCAAAAGUCUUCUUAAUGGACUGCACAUUGAAUGACUGCAGUUUGACCUUGAGAUCAGUGGGCAUGAGAGACGUCUAUCCCACUCUUUUGUUGUUUCCUGCAAAAAGUAAAGUGGCUGUCCCGUAUGAAGGAGAUGCAACAGUGAAUGAUAUCAUUGAGUUCAUAGUUAACCAUGGCAGCAAUUCGGAGCAUCUAACCAGUGAGACCGGAAUUUUAAGGAGCGCAGCCAGAAAAGGACGCAAAGUUCAGCAGUCAGGCAAGGAUUCAUCAGCAACAACCAAACUUCAUGACAAGGAUGCCUAUGUCGAGUCCCAGGAGGUCAUAUUGAAACACCAAGCACCAGAAGAAGCCGCAGCCUAUAGUGAGACUGAAUCACACACUUCCAGGCAUUCCAGCAAUUCUGCCCCUCCCCAUGUGGUCAUCGGCACAAUCCUCUCCGCCACGUCAAAGAUCACUUCCCAGCCAUUCGACGACUCACGAGUGAUCAUAGUUGCAGCCGACGAGGGUGCAGGAUACUUUCAGGGCCUAAUGUACAACAAGCCCCUACGGUGGGAGGCCGUCCCCAGCCUGGAAGAAGGGUUGAAGGAAGUGCUGAAACAGGCUCCUCUUUCAUUUGGUGGUCCACUCGUGAGAUCCGGACUGCCAUUUGUCGCUUUAACAAGAGCAGGAGGACCUAGAGAUGGUCAUCCACACUGGCCUGAGGUUGCUCCGGGGGUCUACUUUCUCGAUCAGCAGAGCACUGUCGAAGAAAUCGAAGCGAUCAGAUCAGGAGAUCGUGAAGUAUCGGAUUACUGGUUCUUCCUGGGGUUUUCGAGCUGGAGCUGGGAACAGCUGUUCAACGAGAUCGCGGUGGGUUCCUGGGAUGUUCACGAGAAGGGCAUUGAGCAUCUGGAUUGGCUGUCGUAAACCCAGUUUCUGUUUGUUCACGAGAAGGUUAUAGUUUAGAAGAAUCAUUUUCGUGACAUAAACCAUAACAUUUUCUUUUGGGUUUAGCCGU